AUGGAGAUGCAUGGCUUGGCUUGCAUUCCAGUCAAGCAUGACAGAAACAAUAACACAGACACGAUACCAUCCAAAAUACUUACCAAGCCAGCGUCAUCUCAGCAGACAUUACCAAAUGUUAUGGCAGUAAAGUAUCCACCAAAAUCAUCAAAAGCGAUGGCAAUUACUGAUUCUAUAGCCAAUUUUAUAAUUAAAGAUCUGAGACCAUAUAGAAUUGUUGACUCUCCAGAAUUUCGAGCAAUGGUAAAGACGUUGGAUUCUCGCUAUCAAUGCCCUUCUAGGAAGCAAUUUUAUGAUGUUUUGAUACCCCAAAAAUAUGAAGCAGUCAAAACUCAAGUUCAGGAUCGGUUGAAAAAUGCUGGCCAGAUUGCCAUUACAACUGAUGGAUGGACUUCAAGAUCCACUGAGUCUUAUGUGACCAUAACAUCGACUCACAUUACUGACGAAUGGAAAUUGCAGAACUUUGUUCUUCAGACUCGGUGUCUGCCUAAAAGUCAUACAGGUGAAAACCUUGCUGAGGCAAUUACUAAAGCUUUGGAUGAAUGGAACAUACCAAGGACACCGCUCUUUGUGGUAUCAGAUAAUGCAGCAAAUGUGACUAAAACAGGAGAUCUACUCAAGUGUGAACUCCAUCUUGGAUGCUACGCCCAUACUCUAAACUUAGCUGUUCAGAAAUGUUUGGGAGUCCAGUGGAACAGUGCAUAUGAGAUGCUUGAUAGGUAUUUAUCUAUGCAGGCAGCUGUAGUUAGUGUCCUGGUAAGCAAGGAUCUUAAAAACAAGGAUAAAGACUUAAAGUUUCUCUCUGAUGAUGAAACUACCCUUGCUGAGGAUGUUGUUACCUGCCUUAAACCACUGAAGGCAAUUACCACAACAAUGUGCAGUGAAACAAGUCCUACAGCUUCCAUUAUUUUGCCUAUUCAUUACCAGCUACUUGAUUAUGUUCUUCUCCCAAAAGAAGGUGACUCUCCAACAAUAGUAAACAUGAAAAAGUCAAUGUCAUUGAAUCUGAAAGAAAGAUAUGCUACAAAAGAAAACAUGUUGAACAAAGUAACAGCCCUUGAUCCUCGUUUCAAAACACUUCCAUAUUUACCUGAGGAAGAUCGAUUGUCAGUUUUUGACACAUUAGUGAGGGAGGCAGGAAAUCUUUCUAACACAAACACACAGAUUACUGUGAAGACUGAGCCAGUGGACAAUGCUGACAAUCCACCCAUUCCUCCUCUGCCUGUAUUGCCUACAGUUUCAGAUGAUUCUGUCCCUCAUCCUCCUGAGGAGAAUCCUAUUCCUCCAAAGAUCAUGAAAAUUGAGUCAAAAUCGAAACCUUCAUCUAGUACCCUUAAUGACAUCCUUGGUGAUGUUUACAUAUCUAAAGUGUGUCCACCUUUGAAAAAGCCUAAGCUUCAGGCAGCAGAGGAUGAGAUAUCGCAGUACAAGAGUUGCCCUGGUAUCCCAUUGAAUGCUAAUAAAUUAAACUGGUGGAAAGAAAACCAAGGACAGUUCCCACUUUUGGCUGUACUUGCUAAAAAGUACUUGUGCAUACCAGGCACAAGUGUGCCAUCCGAACGUGUCUUUUCUACAGCGGGGGACAUAGUGUCUGCCCAAAGGGCAAAUCUCAAGUCAAAGCAUGUAGACAUGUUAAUUUUUUAA